UCACACUCGCCUUACAGAAGCCGAGCUGAGAACAUCAUCCGCUUUGAGCGCUUAAGCGCAGUGAUUACAUCCACAGAGGAAAAGAUAGAGGGAAAGUCUUGUCGUGCUGGAAGGGAGCUGUUAUUGAUUUAUUGAGUGCAUAAAAAGGAGUUUCCCGAAUUUUUUGGCCCGAGUGGAAUUUUUUUCUUCUAUUUGUGACUUUUCCAGAAAGAAAAAAAAGAAGAGAGUGUGUUUCUGUGCACACGGAGUCUUGGCUGUGCGUCCUGGCUCCAGCCGGCAAUGUAUGCGCAUACGCCAAAACUCAAAGACCGGUGCCGAAUUGAUUAACAGAGAGGGUUGGAUCAAAUGGCUGUGCUUGUCACAGCUGAAACGACGCAAUGUUCCACUGACCUGAGGCACAGGAGAGAAUUUUUAAAGUUGGGCAGCCUCUCUGCUGUUUACUUCCCCGUCUUCUUACGGACAGAAAGCACAGGAGCUGUCCAUGUCCUCUGAGAAAAAGGAAUAACGUUUUACUUUUGUCUUAAAGUGCACUUGGACAGAGGCAGAGGAGAUGAUUUGGUCAAUACUCCUGCUCUCCAUUUUGAAUGGAGCUGUCUGUCAGCUGCGCUACUCUGUGCCAGAGGAGCAGGAGCCUGGCACCGUGGUUGGGAAUAUUGCUGAGGAUUUGGGGCUGGACAUUACCAAACUUUCCGCUCGCCGCUUCCAGACGGUGCCCAACUCGCGGACAAAUUACCUGAAGGUGAACUUGGAGAACGGUGCGCUCGUGGUGAAGGAGAAAAUUGACCGGGAAGAAAUCUGUAAGCAGACCACCCCGUGCCAGCUGCACUUGGAAAUGUUUCUGGACAACCCACUGGAGCUGUUUCGCGUGGAGAUCGAAGUAAUGGAUAUCAAUGAUAACCCACCCAGCUUCCCAGAGACGGACAUUACCGUGGAAAUAUCAGAGAGCGCCAUCCCAGGGACUCGCUUCCCCAUAGAAAACGCGUUCGACCCCGACGUUGGCACGAACGCGCUCAGCACGUAUGCCAUAACGAAAAAUAACUAUUUUUACCUUGAUGUGCAGACUCAGACCGACGGGAACAAGUUCGCUGAGCUGGUUCUGGAGAAGCCUCUGGACAGAGAGCAGCAGGCGGUGCACCGCUAUGUGCUCACUGCUGUGGACGGGGGCAAUCCACAGAGGACCGGAACGGCGCUGCUGGUCGUUAAAGUUCUGGACUCAAAUGACAACGCGCCAACCUUUAACCAGUCGGUGUACACGGUUAACCUGCGGGAAAACUCCCCCGUGGGCACUCUGGUCAUUCAGCUCAGCGCCACGGAUGUUGACGAAGGACAGAACGGGGAAGUAGUUUAUUCUUUCAGCAGUCACAACAGCCCGCCAAUAAGAGACCUGUUCAAUAUUGAUGCCAGGACGGGCAGGAUAGAGGUGGCGGGUGAGGUGGACUAUGAAGAGAGCAAUACGCACCAGAUCUUUGUCCAGGCUAAAGAUCUGGGCGCUAACGCCGUUCCUGCGCACUGCAAAGUGCUGGUCAAACUUCAGGACGUGAACGACAACACGCCAGAGAUCGGCUUCAGCACCGUGACGGAUUCAGUGAGCGAGCAGGACGCGCUCGGCACCGUUAUCGCACUUUUCAGCGUCUCGGACCGAGACUCGGGUGACAACGAGCAGAUGAGCUGCGAGAUACUGGGAGACGUCCCUUUCAAGCUGAAGUCCUCUUUUAAAAACUACUACACUAUUGUUACAGACGGGCCGCUGGACAGAGAGAGCACAGAUUCCUACACCAUAACGGUGGUGGCCAAAGAUAAAGGUCAGCCCUCACUGGCCACCAGCAAGUCUAUAAAAGUGCACGUCUCUGAUGAGAACGAUAACGCGCCGCGCUUUACGCAGGCGGUUUAUGAUGUGUAUGUGACUGAGAAUAACGUGCCCGGCGCGUUUAUCCACGCCGUGAGCGCAGUGGACCUUGAUGUGGGACAAAAUGCUCUCAUUACCUACUCCAUAUUGGGGUGUGACAUCCAGGGCAUGUCUGUGGACACGUAUGUGUCUAUAAACCAGGACACCGGGUAUCUAUACGCGCUGCGCUCCUUCGAUUACGAGCAGCUGAAGGAGUUCAGUUUCAUGGUCCAGGCGAAGGACUCGGGUGCUGCUGAGCUCUUCUCCAAUGCCACAGUAAAUGUCAUCAUAGUUGACCAAAACGAUAACGCCCCCACCGUCACGGGCCCCGUGGGCAAAAACGGCACAGCCAAGGAGCAUUUGCCGCGCUCUGCAGAGCCUGGCUAUCUGGUGACGCGCAUCGCUGCCAUGGACGCAGACGACGGCGAGAACGCACGUCUGUCCUACAGCAUCCUCCGGGGCAACGAGAUGGGGAUGUUCCGCAUGGACUGGAGGACCGGGGAGCUGCGGACAGCGCGCAGGAUCUCCCCCAAAAGGGACCCCCAGGGCUUCUAUGACCUUCUAAUAGAAGUUAGGGACCACGGGCAGCCCCCUCUGUCCUCCUCUGCCAGCGUGAGUGUAAUACUUGUGGAUGGUGCUGUGGAGGGCCGCAGCGGAGACCGAAGCUCGGCCUCCAGGUCGAAGGACAUCUCACUUAACCUCACUCUUAUUCUCAUCAUUGCCCUGGGCUCCGUUUCCUUCAUUUUCCUCCUGGCAAUGAUCGUGCUGGCCGUGCGCUGUCAAAAGGACAAGAAGCUGAACCUGUACACGUGCCUGCUGGCCGGCGACUGCUGCCUGUGCUGCUGCUCGUGCUGCAGCAGACACGCUCGCGGCAGGAAGCAGAAGAAGCUGAGCAAAUCCGACAUCAUGUUGGUUCAGAGCACCAACGUGACGACAGGUGUGGGCCCCGUGGGACAGGUGCCCGUGGAAGAAUCUGGAGUCGGGGGAGUGGGUGGGGGGUUCGGCUCGCACCACCAGAACCAGAACUCCUACUGCUACCAGGUGUGUCUGACACCCGAGUCCGCAAAAACGGACCUGAUGUUCUUGAAGCCGUGCAGCCCCUCCCGCAGCGCAGAGACGGACCGCAGCAACCCCUGUGGGGCCAUCAUCACCGGCUACAGCGACCAGCAGCCGGACAUCAUUUCCAACGGCAGCAUCCUCUCCAGUGAGACAAAACAUCAACGAGCAGAGCUCAGCUAUCUGGUGGACAGACCCAGGCGUGUCAACAGCUCUGCCUUUCAAGAAGCAGACAUCGUCAGCUCCAAAGACAGCGGUCACGGCGACAGCGAGCAGGGGGACAGUGACCACGACGCCACGAACAGGGGUCACUCAGCUGCUGCAGAUCUGUUCUCCAACUGCACAGAGGAGUGCAAGGCGCUGGGUCACUCUGACCGCUGCUGGAUGCCAUCCUUUGUGCCAUCAGAUGGACGUCAGGGUCCAGACUACCGCAGCAACCUCCAUGUCCCUGGCAUGGAUGCCACACUGCCAAACACUGAGGUAUCUUCCUCCGUCGAUCUCUCCGACCAACUCACCAUGACCUCCUCCACCGCCUCGUCCAACGAUAGGUCAUUUUCGACCUUUGGCAAGGACGGCCAAAGAUCACAGUCACACCACAGCCUUCCCCAUCACCUUCAUCAGCAGCAGCAGCAGCAGCAGUACAGCUCCAGCACGCUAGAGAGGAAAGAGUAUGAUAGGGGGACCCUACCGUACAAACCCACCUUUCUCUCCCGCAAAAGGAUUUGCUAGUUCAUUCCAUGUGGACCUGUCAGAGACAGCAUGAAUUCCAAUGUUAGGCCACCAGCAGCGAGGCUGGAAACUGUGAAAUAAAACUGAGCUAAAUGCAACCUGGACAACAGCAAUCUUGAUUAAACUUCAUUUUCUCGAGUGGCAGACUGUGACAAAGCCUCGGCAGUGACUGUGGACCCGGGAAAGAAGAAAUGAAUACUGUGUAGCUGUAAACUUCUAGAUAUCCAAGGAGCAAUCCAAGGCCUUAUAUCUCUCAGCAGGACUGAGACCAGGGCUGAAACUAAUUGUCAAAGAUGAUAUCCAGGAGCAGAAGAAAUGAGCUGAAAAACAGAGAAGAAAGCAGGAGUUAAUGUGGUUCUGACGAGAAGGGAGGAUUUCUCCUAACGGAAGAGUUAGCCUCUACAAAUCUGUGUGUGCCUGUUUACAUAAAGAAAAAGAAGAUCUGAUGUUUCUGUACAAACGACAACCAACGUCACACGGAGCCCUUUAGCUAUUUGUAAGCUCAUCACUACGCCAGCUGUACAGAGACUGUUGGGGGGGUGGGCGGGGACUGAGCGAGAGACAAUUAGGCAAUUGAUGAAAAAGUGAGAGCAGGUGAUGUACAGGUGUUACAAAAUAUGGAAAACAUGAGGUUGUAAGGAAACAAGGACAAGCAGUGAUUAUGUGCAGUACUAUAAAUUCUGUAUCUCUGGUUUUAAACUUUACUGUCUUAAUAUAACUUCUCUUUUCUUUCAUUUUUUUUCCUUUUUGUUUCUGUUCUUCCGUGUGGUUCAAGUGUGCAGAUCGAAACUUUUCCAGCUCACAUUAACAGACAGGAACAUGUGGCCAAAAGCAGGGAUUUCUUGCCUCUUUAGUAAACAAUGAGAUUACAAGCAGAAGAAAGAAGUCAUGGACCUCAUGUGUAGGUUAUAAAUGAAAUGCCAGAAGUGAUUGUUUACUUUUUUAAUGUACUAACUAAUAGUUGUUAAGAUCCUUUGUGAGCUGACUGCACAGGAAGUGUUCAGGACGUACUUCCCUUGAAUGCCAUUGGCCUAUACAUAAACAAUCAGACACACUCAGUGGUUUCUCUCAUCUGUGCGAUGUGUUUACUGUGCUAUUUCAAACGCUAAUAAAUUUAUAUAUAACUAUAUAUAUAUAUAUAUAUAAAUAUAUACACAAUAUACUUUUCUGGAAACUGUGUAGCCAUUGGCUAGUUUUUACAUCUCAUAUCAUUCAGUCUCAUAAUACCAAGUGCUCUAAAACCAAGUAUUCUUCUGAAGGAGGACGAGGGGAGUGCUUCAGCCUCAAAAAUUGUUCACACCAAGCAACAAUGUUCUUAUUUGAUUGUUAAGUUUCACCGUUUACAAACACUGCGGCUUGUUGUAUGCAGCAAAGAGACCACUUUUUUUGGCCUGUUGUGUGUUUUUACUAGCAGAAUAUAUGAUCAUGUACAGCACAGGGGACUAUAAUAAUCCAGCAGAAUAAUAAUGGUUUUGCAAUCAUACCAGAAAGGCAUACACAGAUGUGUUGCAUAAUGUUAUAAAAAGGCAUAACAUGGAGAGGGUUUGACACACACAAACACACACACAAACGCACACACAGACACACGUGCAUACACACAGUGGUGGUGAAUAAAUAGUGUCAAUGAA